UGUGAACACAUCUUUUUCACACAUCAAGGCAAAAUCGUACUAUGCAUUUGUAGUCACCGCUCGGUUGUGUCUGACGGAACGCUCCUCUUUAUUUACGAUUAAUUCGUAUUACUUUCUAAAGUUGUUGUAAUAAUAUUAUUUGUAUGUGACUGUUAAUUACAAUUGGAAAAGAUGCUCAUCAAAAAGCUCGUUGUUUUCGGUAUUUUUUUAAUAAUACCUCUUAACGAAGCGUAUAGAAUAUUAGUUGUAUUCCCAUUGGGAUCCAGAAGCCACGCUAUAUUAGGGCAAGGAUUCGUCAAACAUUUAUUGGACGCCGGUCAUGAGGUCGUCCACAUAACAUCGUUUCCGAAUGACAAACCUGUUCCUAAUUUGAAGGAAAUAAGCGUUGCGUCCAUUACAGAAAAGUAUAAGGAAAAGACUGAAGAAUACGAUAUGUUUAAAUUGAAGAACAUGGUGGGAAAGAGCAAUAUUGGAGAUUCAUUGUUCUUCCUUUUCUUCCCUUACGAUUUUCAUAAGCAAUUUCUGAAUGUACCCGCCGUCCAAGAACUCUUAACGGACCCUAAAGAGAAGUUUGAUGCUGUAGUAAUUGAGUGGUUCUUCCAUGAUGCUGUGGCUGGAAUUGCUUCACUUUUCCAAAGCCCUUUGAUAUGGGUGGGGUCAACGGAAGCACAUUGGCAGGUGUUGAACGCCAUAGAUGAAAUACCAAACCCAUCUUACUCUGUUAAUAUAUUUUCCACAACUGUUCCACCGUUGGACUUUUGGGGAAGAAUUGUGGAACUGUGGAGUUUGGUCAAGAAAUUUGUUAUAAUAAAAUGCGUGGUGGUUCCAUUCGAAAACUUUCUUUAUAAUGGAGUUUUUCCAGAGCUAGCAGCAAAGAGAGGAAUAACAAUGCCAUCCUAUGAUGAGUCUGUAUACAACGCGUCUUUGCUAUUAUUAAAUUCUCACCCAUCAUUUGGAAUACCAUACAAAUUGCCACAAAACGCAAAGUACAUUGGAGGUUACCACAUCGAUCCUAAAGUGAAACCACUACCAGAGAACCUACAACAAAUUAUGGACCGAGCUGAACAUGGAGUUAUCUACUUCAGCAUGGGAUCCAACUUGAGGAGUGCGGAUAUGUCAGACUAUAUGAGAAAUUCCCUUCUAAGAAUGUUUGGCAAACUCAAAGAGACAGUCAUAUGGAAAUUUGAAGAUGACUCGGCUAACGUACCAACCAACGUCCACUUAGUGAAGUGGGCUCCUCAGCAAAGUAUUCUUGCACAUCAAAACUUAAAAAUGUUUAUUACCCACGGCGGCCAGCUAUCUACAACGGAGGCUGUACAUUAUGGCGUGCCACUCAUUGGCAUUCCAGUCAUGGCUGAUCAGCACGUCAACAUGAUGGCUGUCGUACAAAAAGGAUUUGCCCUCAAAGUAACACUGACCGAGAAUCUCGCCGAACCACUUUACAAAGCCAUUACAAAUAUACUUAAUAAUCCUAAUUUUAAAGCGAAAGCGAAGGAAAUGUCUAUGAUUUACCAUGACCGGCCCGUGUCGCCUGGCACGGAGUUAGUGUACUGGGUGGAACACGUGGUGCGCACGCGCGGCGCGCUACAUCUGCGUUCGCCUGCGCUGCACGUGUCCUGGUACCAGAAGAUGUACCUGGAUCUCGCUAUCAUACUUAUUAUAAAAGUUUUGGUAUUAAAAUUGAUAUGGAACAAGAUUUUUAAUAGAAAACCUUUAAAAACUAAGCUUAAAGUGAAGAAACAUUAAAAUAAACAUAUCACAGGUUA